AUGCUAGACCCUCAUGGCAUGUACAAAUAUGCACUGAAGAUGUCUUCGCAGGGAAGACCGGUGAAGCUGCGCGUGGGCCCGGUUGGCAUCUACAUCCUCUUCGGCCCAAAGAGCAUCAAGAUGAUUUUCAAGAACUCCAAGGUGCUGAGCAAAGAAGACUCGUCCUUGAUGAUUUUCCGAGGCUCAGGCAUGACACAAGAAGACAUGCAAAUAUUUGAGAUCGACAAAUCGGGACCUGGCCGUCAUCAAUUCGUGGAAGUUUCAGAGGAAAGGCGUGUUUGGAAACGGACCCAUGAUCUAAGAGGAACCCAUCUCGCGAAUGGACAUUUAGUAAACGCUUUAACUUGCAAAUUCAUCGGCGAGUUCAUCAGCGAGCUUGGAAAGCUCCCAAUAGGUCAAGCCAAAACCUCUUCACUUUAUGAUUUCUUUAAGAAAGCGAGGUUCGUUGCCUCUGAAAAAUCCCUUGUAGGGACUGAAAUAUUCAGGCUGAACCUAGACUUGGUCGAAACGUAUUUGGACUACGACGACUCGUUCCUCCUCAUGGCCAUCGGCUUGCCGGAGAUACUCUACUGGAAAGGUCAUGCUGCGAGAGAUCGCAUGCUAAAUGCGGCGAAGAAGUGGAUCAAAUCUGCAUCGCAGAACUUCGAUGGAAAGAAUGUAGAUGCUGGUUGA